AAAUGUCCCAGAUGCAAUUCAGCGUCUGUAAAGCCACUACAAACUUGCACCAUGAAAAGCCCUUUUGACCAAGAGAAAAAUCCAAAUAAGAGCUUUCCAACACGGAAGCAACAAGCUGCGUAGGCUAUCUGUAACGGCAAGAUAGCUGAGUUAAGAGACAUAAUUCAAAACCAAGACGUGAAACCUCUCGCCUGCCGACAUCUGUUCAUCAUGCCGCCUCGUGGCGGUCGUGUCUCCAAGGGCCCAUCCCUACCUCUCAACCUCCUCCGUGAGAUAGGAGCCGAUGGUGCGAGCUCCAAGGGUAGGGGCCGGUCAAAUCGCUCAGGGGGUAGGGCUUUCGAUAGAAGACCUAACCGUGGAGGCGAUAGGCCCAAAGGUUCUUCACACGCGUCACAUAGGGCCGUCGAGGUGACCAAGAAGCCAAAUCUGAAGCGCAGCAAACGAGGACACGAAACGGACUCGGAAGAUUCAGAGGAUGGUUCUUCAGAAGAGCAGGACGACAGCGGUUUGGAGGACGAGGAUGACUACGAUGACGAUGACGAAGAUGUCAGCGAUGUCGAGGAGUCUACCGAUGAGAAAAGCCUACCAAAGGCAGUGCGAGAUAAGAUUGCCGAGGACGACAAAGAGAUUGCUGAGCUCGAAAGGAGACUUGGCAUCAAGGGCCGCAAGGGGCUGCCAAAGUCUUUCAAGGAAGACGGUUUGGGAGAUCUGCUGGAGGGAAUCGACGAUGCCAUUGGGGUAGAAAGCAACGAAAAGAAGAAGCGGAAAGCAGAAGCAGACGAGUGGUUGGCUCAGAAGCGGCAAAAAGCCAACCAGACAACCCGACAGGUCGAACGGGAUGACGACGAUGAGGGCAGCGAUAGCGAGGACGACGACAUUGACGAGGAUGACUUUGAUAUGGGUGACGAGAGCUCUCAAGACGGAGGCUCUGAUGGUGAAUUUGAAGGCUUCGAGUCCGACCCGGAAACCGCUUCCGCGCCUAAGCCGCAACGAGAAAACCCCUACGUGGCGCCCACUUCAGGCGUGACUGUGACCAAAUACAUCCCUCCAUCCAUGAGGGCAAAAACGGGGUCUGAUGAUGAGCUCAUGUUGAGAAUUCGACGCCAGACCCAAGGUCUGGUAAACAGGUUAACGGAUGCGAACUUGAUUUCCAUAUUGGGUGAGAUCGAAAAGCUUUACCGGGAAUAUCCAAGGCAACACGUCACUUCAACGCUGGUAGAUCUGCUUUUGAUCCAGGUCUGCGAUCCUUCCAGUCUUCCUGACACUCUUCUUAUCCUUACGGCUGGUUUUGCCACCGCUGCAUACAAGGUUAUAGGCAUGGAUUUUGGGGCAUACCUAGUACAGACAACAGCCGAGAAGUUCAAAGAGCACUAUGCGAAAACUGUUGGGCGUACGCAAGAGCAGCAGGAGGUCACAAAGGAAACGUCGAAUAUCAUCACGUUCCUGGCCCAGAUGUACAACUUUCAAAUGAUUGGCUGCAACUUGGUGUUUGACCAUAUCCGUUUUCUCCUCGGUGAGCUUUCGGAGCUCAACGCUGAACUGUUGUUGAGAAUAAUCCGGAUGGCUGGGAAACCAUUACGGCAGGAUGAUCCAAUGGCGCUGAAGGAUAUUGUGGCACUCAUCCGCCCUGCAAUGGCAAAAUUUGGGGAGAACAAUGUCUCAGUGCGAACCAAGUUUAUGAUUGAAACGAUCAAUGACUUGAAGAACAAUAAGAUGAAGGCUGGUGCAACCGCCUCAGCCAUCAACACAGAGCACACAACCAGGAUGAAAAAACUGCUAGGCACGUUGAGCUCUAGGAAGCUAAAAGCAACGGAGCCAUUGCGCAUGGGUCUGAAGGACAUUGAAGAGGCCGACAAGAAGGGCAAGUGGUGGCUGGUUGGGUCAAGUUGGGCCGGCAAAGACAAGACGGAUAAGAAGAAGACGUCUGAUAAACCCGAAGCCGAUGAUGUAAGCGACGUCAACGAUUUAGAAAUUUACGACGACGACGACUUGGACGUCGACCUCGAGGCUCUAGCUCGACGGUUGAUGUUGAACACAGACAUUCGAAGGUCCAUCUUCUUUGCGGUCAUGUCAGCACUCGAUUUCGAGGAUGCCUACCGAAAUCUACUGAAGCUGAGACUGAACAAAGAGAGACAAAGGGAGGUCUCGCACGUCUUGCUCCAAUGCUGUGGCUCGGAAGAGCAGUACAACCCAUAUUAUGCUCUGGUGGCGCGCAAAAUCUCUGGCGAUGAUCGCAGGACGAAGUGGAACUUCCAAGAUACCUUGUGGAAGUUCUUCAGACGCUUGGGCGAAUCGCUCUUCGACGAGGAAGCCGACGAAGUAGACGAUGAAGACGACAAGGCCACAGAGCUGCGCCGCAUUGUUAACAUUGGAAAGUUCUACGGCAACCUAAUAAGCGAGGGCGUCCUAAACCUAGACGUCCUCAGGUGCCUCAACUUUGUCUACUUGAAACCCAAGACAAAAAUGCUGGUUGAGGUCAUUUUGGUGACUGCCCUGCUGGACUUCCCAUGCAAGAAUCGCGCAGGGGCAGAUGAGGUAAUUCGCAAGAUGUUCACUCUGCCCGGCAAACCGGAGUUUGCGAGGAGCCUAAAGUACUUCAUGGAGAAGGUCAUGCGUAAGUCGGAGCUGGGAGGCGACAAGAAGAGGACCAAAGUGCUCCGAAGACGGGAGAAUGUCGCAGAGGAGGUAUUGGCUUCGUUGACGUCAGAAGUAUGAUUCGAGGCGUGACAAAUAUUAGAAAUGUCCCGGAGGCGGAUUUGCUGCCGAAUCGAUCGGUACGGGAUUCAUUAGAAAAACUCAUCAUCGAAUAAGCUGAGAACCAUCGCCACGGUAGUAACGGCAAAACUAUAGUCCCAUUCAAAGCAUGAUAUUGUAAUUAUAUGUGAAAAUGUCCUCGGCCAAAUUCUACCGGUGGCGCUUAUCACCGGUCGGGUCCGGCCGGAGCGGAUAAGCAC